GCCAUGUACCUAAACUUUUAAAUGAUCCCAUUGAAUCAUCAAAAACUUCUAAUAUAUUGGUGCUUCUUUUAUAAGAUUUUUAUUAUGGGUUAUAGAGCAGUGUGCCCAGUUCUCCUUGUAUGAAAUCAAUAAUUAACAAGUGUACGUUAUGGUAAAGUUGAAGCCGGUGAACCUUUUUUAUUUGUCCUGGAAGAAAGGUACAACCUCAUGGGCUCUUCCGGAUGUUUCCUCCAUUUUUUUUCCCCCAUGAAAGGGAGUUUUGACCUAUCAAAAUCGAAGGAUAGAGUUGUGUUGUGAAGCUUGUUGAGGCAAAUUUGUGUUAAGUUUGAUGUCUCUAAGUUAAUUUAACUGUAGUUUAAACAUUAAAAUAAUUUGAUUUCACAACCUUAAAGCGUAGAUCUGAGACAUAAAGCCCUGCUCACGAAACUCACAAUGCAGACAGGAUUUAAAGAGACAGCAGUUAUGUUCAAAGCCAUACAGCAGCAGCACAUAUGUUAAACAUACCAUACCGAGUACCAUGAGCAAUUUAAAUUUUGUACAUAAAAUAGCAAGAAUCAUCCAAAUCAGCACUGGUCAUCAAAGAAACCCAAAAUGUUAAUUUGAAUUAUUGUUGGCAGUGUUUGUUGUGUCUGUAUAUUUUACUAUGGGUUCAACACCAGUGUGACCACUUAUCUGGAUCCAAUACAAGUUAUUACAAUAACAGAUAUAUAGAUUACUUUGUAUGUAUUUAUAUAUGAGAUUUUACCCUUAUGGUAUGGGUAAAAAAAUGUAUUUGUUAUUCAAGAUUAUUGGUAUUUCAGUAAAACAAGAAGAAAGAUUAAGUCACAUUGUAGACCAUAUAUAUUCGAUAUUAUUUUGAGAUAACCCUAAAAUGAAAAAAUAUAAAUUAAUAAUAGUUAGUUUAAAUUCUGAUAUUUUUGUGAUCUAGUAGUAAAAUGACCUAUUCUGGUGUAUUUAAGGAACGUGAGAGCUUAACCACGAGGAAAUCGCGAUGGCUGUUAUUUUCAGAAGGCAUUAUUUUUGCUGUGGUUUGUGGAUGAACACUGCCACUUAUUUAUUUUCAAAGAACGAAGGAAUAGGGGAAAUAAUCGGAAUGUGGCUUUAUUAAUGUGUUUUACUGUCUUACAACAAAACGGAACGACCACAAAGGUUGAAAUCCACACUUUCUUUCUCCUCAGUAAUUGAACUUACGAUUUUCCGACAGCACAUGAAUGCAGCAACAACGUGACUACCCUGCGAGCCAAUGAGAGCGGUGAUUUAUUCAAGAUGGCCAAUCAGCGGCCGCUACGUCUUACGAAGACCGGUGAGUCAAACGGCCCGCCCUGACGUUGCUCAUUGAAGAAGAAGAAGAAGAGGGACGGUUUCGGCAUACCAUCCUCAGAAAGAAAUUCAAUCAUGACGGCGAACGGUAGCAAGCUGUUUGUCGGCGGCCUGAACGUGGAGACCACGUCCGAUGGCGUCCGCGCCUACUUCGAGCAGUUCGGCGUACUCACCGACUGCGUUGUGGUCAUGAACCAGCACCUCGGCCGGUCCCGCUGUUUCGGCUUUAUCACCUACUCCUCAACGGAGGAGGCCGACGCAGCAAUGGCGGCUAAGCCACAUGUCGUCGAUGGCAACAACGUGGAGCUGAAGAGAGCCAUCGCACGGGAGGACGCCAACAACCCGGACAUCAUCGCAAACGUGAAGAAGAUUUUCGUCGGCGGCGUGAAAGACCACAUCGAGGCGGAGAACCUCUCCGAGUACUUCUCCCAGUACGGCGUGGUGGAGAAGGCCGAGAUCAUCUCCGACAAGCAGACCGGCAGGAAGCGAGGCUUCGGCUUUGUCUUCUUCGAGGACACCGACUCCGCCACCAAAGCGGUACUCACCAAGUACCACACCAUCAACGGGAACAAGGUGGAGGUGAAGAAGGCCCUGAGCAAGCAGGAGAUCUCCGUCGGCGGCCGCGGGAGAGGACGAGGAAGGGGGAUGCAGAACUAUGGCGGCGGAAGAGGAGGCGGCGGCUACGGGGGAGGCUACGGCGGCGGCAGCAGUACUUACGGGGGUGGAUACGGCUAUGGCGGGGGUUACAACAACGGUGGCGGCGGCGGUGGCGGAGGAUACGGGGGGUAUGGGGGGUACGACGAGGGAGGCUACGAGGGCCAGAUGGGGUCCGGGUACAGCAAUGGUGGUGACUUUGGUGAUGGCUACGGACAUCAGCAAUCCAGCUAUGGUGCAGUGAAGGGCAACUACUCCUACAGGAGCGGGGGUCCCUACAACAGAGGAGGUGGAGGCGGUGGCUACGGCAGGGGGGGCGGCGGCGGCGGAUUCGGUGGUGGCGGCUAUUAAGGGCUUUUUGUGUUCAUGGGCAAAUUCUGAUUACAGCGAACUUGAAUUUACACACACAUGCACAUACACACAACACACACACAGGGUGAGGGGUCUUUGUUGAGCUCAGUUGAGGGAGCAGUGCCCAUCACCCACACGGAAUGAAUGAGACUGUCCUCCGGAUCCUGGCUCCCACCCCCUCCUACCCGGACCCCAUCUGUCCCCCUUAUUCCACACAUUAUGGACUUUACUACUAAGAAUUGUGAAUUAUUGAAUUGUACUUUUGUUAUGUUGGGAAAGACUUGCUUUGAACCAUUUGUAAAGCCGUUUAUCAAUGUCAGUCACUGCUUUUCAACUCCGAAUCGAGUUUGUUUUGUCUUGCAAUCCAGCCAGAUGUGUCUGUUAUUUUUGCAUCAUGAACUCAGGGUUUUAAGUCAUGUUGGUGGCAGUGUCGGGCAGCAUGGGACUCGAUUGCUUGAGUUUCUUGAUCUAAAACACUUUCGUGACAAAGUAUUUUUCUGGAGAAAUGUCACGGACUGUUUUAUGUGUAAAUUAAUUUUCUCUUUUUUUACCCGUCCCAUUACAGGCUUUGUUAGAUUAAAAACUGUUUUCAAAAAUCCAUGUGUUCAGUUCACCCCUAUGUUUGGUUCUGCUUUUAUUAAAGUUUUUAAUGUUUUGAAAAUCUA